AUGGAUUUUGCUGUCAUACGUCUAAUAUUCCUAUUGAUAUCAGGUAUGUUUGUGAGUCACUGUCUUGUUUAAUACUUGUCUAGUAUAUAUCCUAGUAGUUACAGAAUCAUUGCAUCAACCUAACUUUAAAUCACUUUUAAUUUUUAAUAAUUUAUUGAAGAAUUGUAAAGAAUUGCAUAUGUUAGUUAGUGUUAAACUGAAUAGCUUAUACCAACAGUUCAUGUAACAUAACGUUACAUGUAUAACGUUUAAAUGGGUUGUUUGUAUAUUAUUUUCUUUCAUAAUUUUUAGCAAUCACAUUAUAUGCCACAGCUAAACAGUAUAACAUAUUGUUUAUAUAGAGGAGCAUAUACACACAGUAAAAUGUAAUAAACCUUUAUAGAAUAUACAGUAAACAAAAUUAUGCACUGGUGACAAAUAAUCACAAUGGCUGUUUUUUUGUAAACUACACAAACAUCCAAACGUACAAAACGUUUAAAAUCCCAUGAGAGCUGAAUGCAGGUGUUAAUCUAUACAAAAGCUUGGUAUCUGAUAGCUAUUUAUUAUAAAUUGCCCGUGGUUUGCCUAUAUAGAUAAUAAUUGCAGGGAUCUGCACAUGCAAGUUCUUUUAAAUGUACCUCCUGCAGUGACAGAGAUUCACAAAGUGGAUCUGGUUUAUUUAUGUUAAACACUGAAUUGAUAUAGCCUAUAAGUGGAGUUUAAUAAUGUCUAGUGCCUCUUUCAUGUUUAAUACUCAUUUGUAUUGUGGGUUUGAUACGGCAAAAUAUGUUCCUAUUAAAGGAACACUGUGUUAGGAAUACAAAGCUGUAUUUCUAACAUUAUAGUAUACCUCUAAUCCCCCUUUCCCACCACGGCAAUUAAAGGGUUAAAAAUGCUUUAAUACACUGCGCGGGGGAACCUAAUGGGGCAAGCGCUGUGUGCGCACUAGGCCUUGGGGGAUUGGUAGAUGCUGCAUAGCAUGAGGGAGUCUGGUAGAAAGCCACUAGAUGCAAUUUUAACCCUGCAAUAUAAACUGCAUUGUUUUUAAAACUGCAAUGGUCUGCAUUGUAGGGUUAAGGGGACAAGGAGAUUGCACCUAGACCACUUAUUUGAGACAAAGUGGUUUGAUUGACUAUAGUGCAUAUCUCUUGUCUGUUGCCUCUUCUAACCCAGCCCAGACUUUCUGUGACUGUCCAAUCACAGACUUCCCAAUACAGCUCAAUGAGAAGUCUUUGCAAGGCAGGUACUCUGAGUAACUGCUGCCUCUAGAGUUUAGUUCUACUGAGCUAAAUAAACCAGGAAGUAACAGGACCGGUUGUCUGCUUAAAAGCCAGGGGGUGUAACAAAGUAAAAGCACCAAUUUCUAUUGAAACCAGCUGUUUUUUUAAAUUCUGAAAAGAGGAUACACUCAUCACAAAUCAAGCAUUCUCAAGCUAAAGUGAUUUAUGGAUCUGUAGUUGUCCAUUUAAGGGUAGAGAAGCUGAACUGGAAGUAUAGCUGACUGAGAGAAUUUCUCCAGUUCAGCUCUUUUGAUCUUAAAGGGACACUCCAAACACCAAAACAACUUCAUGUAAACCCUCUACCUGAAGGAGUUAAACCGUUCUCGAACAGUUUAACCUCUAAGUUGCCCCCAGUGUUGGUGUUCACUCCUCCCCUGGCAGCUUCUGAAUUUUGAGAUGCCGGGCAGGGUGCCUCUGAUUGGUUGAGAGCAGUCAACUGAUUCAGCCAAUCAGUGACUCCCCAUUCACAAAACUGGUUGCAAAGAAACAUACCUUUUGCAAGCCAGUCUAUUGAAUGGGGAGUCACCUGAAGUGUUCCUUUAAAUUUGAAAUUCACUUUGAAUACACCUUAAAUUCUCACUUAAGCGAAUAACCCAGUAUGUGUUCAUGGUACAGAAAGAGGUUUACUCGCUAAGCAGUGAGCUCUGAUCCGUUUGCAUCCAGAUGCAAUGUUUGGGGCAAAAAACACUUUGGAUUUUAUUCACUAAUCCAACACUAACUACACAAAAUUAAUAUGCUUGUAACAGUGGUAGCAAGGAACAUUGCAUUGACUCCAAAUCAAUGCUCGUUAAUGGAAUACAUAAGACAUAAGUUGAUACUAAACGAUUCCUUCUAAUUAGCUCCUAUGUUUCAGCUUGUUUGUUGAAUUUGGAAUGUUGCCUAUAUUCUUAGAUCGGUCAAAGCAAGACUGAGGGGGGCAGGCGACAAACAAACAGUACAUAUUUUUAGCUGAAGUUCCGUAGCUGUGUUUAAGAUAUACCAAGAAUAGUGAUGUCCCGAACGGUUCGCGAACGGUUCGCCACGAAUGGUUCGCCACGGACUCAUCAUUGAGUAAACUUUGACCCUGUACCUCACAGUCAGCAGACACAUUCCAGCCAAUCAGCAGCAGACCCUUCCUCCCAGACCCUCCCACCUCCUGGACAGCUCACUAAGAAUGCAGCUUCACAAUGGAUGCUGUCCAGGAAGGUGGGAGGGUCUGGGAGGGAGGGUCUGCUGCUGAUUGGCUGGAAUGUGUCUGCUGACUGUGAGGUACAGGGUCAAAGUUUACUCAAUGAUGAGUCCGUGGUGAACCGUUCGUGGCGAACCGUUCAGCGAACCGUUUGGGACAUCACUAACCAAGAAUUUGUGUUGUCUGAAUAUUUCAAUGCAGAUUGGCACAUAGCUCCCAUCUGUUAUGAAAUUCUCUGUUUCAUUUUGCCGCUGCCCGCUGGUUAUUUUAAUAAGGUAACUUUAAAGAAGAGGCAUAAUUAGACUAUAUACAAUAUUAACAGAGGUCCAUUUGAAAUGCAAAAUUAUAAAACGUUAUGGACAAACCUUUAUGGCACGUUGACUAGAAUACUAGGUACAAGAAGUAUGACGGCAGAAUUAUCCCUUUUUAUGGAGAAAAAAUAAAAUCUAAUUUUACUGCUCAGACAUACUUAGCAAGUAUUGGCUCCAUGUUGUACAUUAACCAGCUUGCUGGCUCUACAGGUGACAUUGCAAAAUGUUCAGACUGUUACUACAAAUUUAGCAAAUUAAUGUAAUUAGUGAUAGAGCAUUUAUGAACUCAUGAACUGUGGUCUUACAACUUCUCAUGGGAUGAACCAUGGAUCAAAAACAAUAUGGAUUCCUCCAAUUUGCAGGAGUCCAUAACAAUGACCUUUUAGCAGACGUAUAAAGCAUUGUUUAUACUUUCUCAAUGUCACAGGAUGAAAUGUCAUGUCCUAUACAGAGAAUGUCUGGCCCAGAAAGGCUCACUUACAAGUGGUGUCAUAAGGAAGCUAUCUAAAAUCUGUAAAGCUGUUAUAUCCUGGGAUUAUGGCUUUGGCAAAUGCUCAAGUACGAGCAGAGUGAAUCAGUUUAGUGAGUGUAUUUAUAUCUUUAACAGGGUGCUGUAACAUUACUGGGAAACAAGUUCAGAGCUUUUAUUCCAUUUUAUAGUUUGUUUUCUUCUCAUUGUUCCGCAGUCUUUUUUUCGUACGUCUCCUUCCUCGUCGUCAUGUACUCUGUAUUUGUAUUUCACUCUAUUGGAAGUCAAAGAAGGUUGUUCCACUGGACAGAUAAUUAUAUUGGCAUUGACGACCCUUCUUCACCAUUGCAAACUCUACUACCAUUGACUUCUUAUCUAUCCAGACACAUGAAAAACGUAUACUAAUACUCAGUCAAGUAUCGACAUACAUUUUUAAUUUAGAUUUAAAAAUAGCAAAACCAUUAAAUGACAAGUGAAAAGAUUUUUGAACUUCAAAUACAAAAUAGUCAAGACAUAAAUAUAAAUAAAUGAAAAGUCCAUAAAACCACAUUCACUCAAUGCCAUUCCUACCAAAAUUCUGGCCAUUCCUUUGCUACGAAGUAAAACUAAGAACCCUUUCAGUAGGUGAUAUCCCAAUUUGUCUCAUUCUGUUCGCAACUAAUAAAAUACUCUCAACUGGGAAAGUCGUGAUAAAUAUGUAGAAUUUAGGUAGGUCUGUGAUGGUUUUCUGUAAAAAUAUAUUUAUACCUAAAUCUUUUAUUGCAUAUUCAUGUAAUGUAAAGGCAUGCAUCAUUUUUAUUGAUGUCCAUUUGAAAUUUUGUUUCAAAGUAAACUUAUCAACAAGUGCCCCUUUGUUCCUUACAGCAGCUGGAACUGUCCUCUCUUCUGAAGAUGAAUCCCAGUUGUUUUCCGAUCUAUUCACAACCUACAACAAGGUCGUUCGUCCUGUUCAGAAAUUUAAAGAUAAGGUUGUGGUAACAGUCGGACUUCAGCUUAUACAACUCAUUAACGUGGUAUGAACAAUAAAACUCCAUUAAUAUUUCCCCUAAAAUGUUUAAUGUAUGUGUUACAUUGUAUAUUAAGUGCCACUAAUAUUUUUGGGGGUUUGUUUGUUUCUUAAGGAUGAAGUAAAUCAAAUCGUAACUACUAAUGUUCGUCUGAAACAGGUUGGUGGCAUAAAGUUUUUAUAAAGUAUGUAAUUUUUCAUGAAAACCUUUACAUAGCUUAUAAAUAAAAAACAGUAGACAAAAUAUUGUGUUGGACAAAGUUUAGAAUUAGCGUGAGUACUUUUAAUAAUUCAGGGCUGGAAUAAAAGCUUUUUCUCUGACUGAAAAUUAUUAUACCAUUUAGUGGUUAAUGUGUUAUUAUUUUAGUUUUUUUAUUUCUUUUGCUUUUAUAGUUCUUGUACACAUAUUGUGCCUAAACCAUUAACAGUGCUUAGAGCGGAACUGUCAUUUCACUUCCUGCACCCCGUUAAAUGCUAUUGAAGCACUAACUGGAGGUGAAUACUUUUGUGGAGGUAUGUAAAAAUAAAUCACACAUCUCUAUGAUAAAGUGAUACUCUUAUACGCACUCAGGCAUCUACAGGGAAUUGCUCUUAAAAUUGUGGGUUUGCAGACCCCAGGGGUGUGCUUACCAGUGACAAACAACACAGAAAAGGGGGCAGACCUACAGUAGCCACAGAAGAUGCUAGGCUGACUGACAGCUUCCUAGCCAGACACAAUGCAAGCACAUUGUUAAACAUUGUUGAAGCUCUAUACAGGAGCCAAAUAAGGACUAUCCCGCUAAACACAUGUGUCGGACAAGUGCUUGCACUCUUGGGCAUUACUUUAAUAGUCCAACAGGAACACCUGUGCCACUUUCCUCUUAAAUAUACAUUGUGAUAAUCAAAGCGAUAAUAAAUGCAUAGUUAAAGUUAUUUUGCAUUAAGAAUUUCAGUGCUGAGGGGUUGAACACCCAGACACAACAUGUCUGCUACAGCAGACAAGCAGACACAUGCCAGUCCCCAACUGACUCAUGUAGUAGGAAAGCCAUACAUAGAUAUUUUUUGGCCACAUGCAUUACAGUGGCCAUCUUGAAGAAGACUAAAGUAAUCUUCUGGCAAUUAUAUAUUUUAAUCUCUUCAGUCACCGGAAAUAUUUUCAGUACAGAAUAUAAAUUAAGUAUAUACAGUUCUAAUCCAAAUUAUUAUUAUAAUAAUUGUCAAUAUAAAUUGCACUUCCAGAUGAAUUAUGGGAGACCACUUGAAACAUUUGUUGUGUUGAGUACAACUGUACUUAUAAAUAAUAUAUAUUGUUAUGUUAAAUUGGAAAUUGCAAAAAAUAAAUGUUUUAUUCUGAUGGAUUUUUAUAUAAUCAAAAGAGUAUUUAAUUUUUGCAUAGGUCUAAAGAAAUUGUUUUGAUCUUUUACUGAUACUUUGAAAAAUGUGUACUAUUAUUUUUAUAAUUGCUCAGCAAUGGGUGGAUGUAAACCUAAAAUGGAACCCAGAAGACUACGGAGGAAUAAAGAAGAUCCGCAUCCCUUCUAGUGAUAUUUGGCGGCCAGAUUUAGUUCUUUACAAUAAGUAAGUGGGUUGGAUUGUUAACGGUCAGAAAAUGGAGGACUAAGUACACCUAACCUCUGGAAAAGUCGACUGUAAACUAUACGUCCUGCAGCUGUAAGGGUUGUAUCAUACAGAAUCAAAGUCACAGUAAGUGCCAAACGUUCUUAAUGAAAGUAUUAUUCCAAGUACCAUGACCACUUCAGUGGCAUUGAAAGUCAUGUUUCAGUGUUUGCAGAUGACAUAAAACUCACAUAAUACAAUGUGAGCAGAAUAUUACCUCACUGCAUAGGGAUCUAGAUAGAUUGGGGGACUGGGCAUUCAAAUGGUAGAUACAGUUUAAUGUUGAUAAAUGCGAAGUUAUGCAUAUUGGGGUAAAGAAUGCACAAGCUAUUUACACCCUAAAUGGUAGUGAAUUAAGCAUAACAAAAACAGGGGAAGGAUUUAGGAACUGUUAUAGACGACAAAGUAGGCAACAAUGUGCAAUGCCAAUUGGCAGUUGCUAAGGCCAGUAAGAUAUUGUCAUGUUUAAAAAGGGGCAUUAAAUAUCAGGAUGAAAAUAUAAUUUAAAUAUAAUUUAGCCUCUUUAUAAAAACACUGGUAAGACUACACCUUGAAUAUGCUGUUCAAUUUUGGGCAUGUGUUCUAAUGAAUGGUAUUAUGGCACGAGAAAAAGUCAGGGCUACAGAAUUACUAAAAGGAAUGGAACAUUUUAGUUAUGAAGAAAGGUUAACUCAUUUAGAUCAGUUUAGUUUAUGAAAAUGGCGCUUUGGGAUAUGAUAGCAUUAUACAAAUAUAUUCGGGGCCGAUACAAACCAUUGUCUGGAAAUCUAUUCAUACGCAAGACUAUACAUAGAACAAAAGGCCAUGCAUUUAGAGUAGAAGAAAGAAGAUUUUGGCUAAGGCAAAGGAAAUGUUUUUUUACAGUAAUAACAAUAAGGAUGUGUAAUUCUGUGCUUAAAGAGGUGGUUUUAUCAGAGUCUUUACAGAUGUGUAAACAGCAACCGAAUGAGUAGUUGCAAAACAAAAUAUUAAGUUAUGGAAUUUUUUAUUAUGUGUGGUAAUAGCUUAUUGAUGCAGGGAGAGAUCUGACUGGUAUUCUGGUGUCAAAAAGGAUUUUUCGACUAGUUUGUUGCAAAGUUGGAAAGCUCUUCCAACUGGGUUUUUGCCUUCUUUUGGAUCAACAGCAAAUGCAAAUGUGAGAAAAGCUGAUCAUGAUGGACGCAUAUCUCAUUUCAGCCUAUGUAAUCAUGUAUGUAACUAUGGUGCUUGGAGUGUUUCGGUAUGAAAUGCUGCACAUAUGGAGUUUCCCUUGCUGCACAAAGGACGUCAUUUAGUCAAGAACAAGAGUUCCCGGGUGGCUAAUGCCAAACAUAUUCAAGUUUUCAUUCACGGAGAGCCAUUUUUUUGCUGAGAGUGAUCAGUUGAUGCUCUAUGCCAAUGAUUGGCAAUUGGAUUUCUGGUUUCUGCAGAACGUCACUACAAGGGAAUGGAGACUCAAAGCCCAGCAGUGACCUAGGUAAAAGGGCAAACCUACUUAAUGGCUUGCCCCUAUACUGUUGAUCCAAGCCGGGAAACUCCUGCCAUCAUAGCCACUAUAGUGGGUUGUAGUGGUUAUAAAGCUUGGAGUAACCCUUAAGGCGAGGUAACUUUUAUGGUAUCAUAGUUGCUGUUUAGCAAUACAGUUUGUUAGCUACAGAAACUCAUAUUCCAUUCUAGAAAGGGGUUGGCCAUUUGAUGUGAGCCUAUGCACUGCGAGUUACAGAAGAGUCUUUACUCAGUAGACCUGCUCCCUCUAAAAUGCAAGAUUGCAAGAACCCAGCUACUGGUGAAUUCUCAUCCAGGUGGUCUAGUAUUUCUUUCAGUAAAUAUGAAACUUUGAUUAUUCAUAUCUAGAACCUAAGGCUUUUAGAUGGGCCCAUGCAAAAAAACAUUUUAUUUACUCAUUGUGCCAUUGUGCUUGCAUUCCAUACAAAUAAACAGCUGCAUUCACACCCGAACCUUCCACAGACUUUAACUACAUCAAUGAUUUCGAGAGACAAGAUAAAGGACACAGAAAUACUAGAGACACAAGGAAAACAAGUGAAGAACGGGGCUCAGAUUGGUUCCUAGACAUGAUCAUGGCUGUAUCACUUCUGCCUAAUAUGAAUAUUUUUUAAGGAUGCCCAGGUUUUGGUCAUAUGGUGUUUCGGCUCAGCUGAAUUUCAUUAAGAAUUUGGGAAAACAAAUCAGUUGAAUCAAAAAAAAGUAAAAUUAUUCCAAUCAGUCUAGUACGUGUAAUAUAAUAUGUACACUGAUAGUGUAUACAAUAUAAAUAUAGAAUUUUUUACUGCUGAUACUAGUUUCACUGUUAGUCUGCGUUGAAGGAAGUGUAGUUGAACAACACUGGUAGAACUCCCCGUUUCCCAUCCUUGAUAAGACUCUACAUAGAGCUAAAUGUUUUGUGAAACUGUUAAGUGAAAAAUUUAAUUUCAGCAAUCAUUUCAAAGCUAUUCAACACUAUUUUUUGUUUUCCUGUAGCGGUGAUGGUGACUUUAAUAUCGCCCCAGUAACUAAAGCCCUUCUGGAUUACACUGGAAAAAUUACAUGGACACCUCCAGCCAUUUUCAAAAGCUACUGUGAAAUGAUAGUCACGCAUUUCCCAUUUGACCAGCAGAACUGCAGCAUGAAACUCGGCACAUGGACCUAUGAUGGCGCAUUAGUGGUUAUAAACCCGGUGAGUAAUUUGUUUGAAUGUUUCACAAUUAAAUGUAAGAUUUUUUUUUUUUGACCACAAGACAGUAAAUGUAAGUAAGCAAGUGUCACAUUUUGUUCACUGAGCCAUAUUUGGAUAAUCAUUAAUUAAAUAUGAUAAGUUUGCUUUUGGCACUCCACUGGUUUUUACACAUUUUGAUAUAAAGCAUUUUUACAAUACAAAAAUACUCCACUCUAGCGCAAAGUUGUAAAAGUGGAUUGCCAUGGAAUCAAUAAAUGUUUUCCUGCUGAUUACUCCAUUAUUUGUCCCUGAAGCUCAUUUUAUAUCUACCAGUCAUAUUCCAGGUAAUUUAUAAUUGUAACGACACUCCCAGGCAUAAAAGGGUUAAACUGCCGUUUAGUGGAUCUUCCCUUCCAGAGACACAGGCACAGCUACUGUAGACACCAAUCCACCGAACCGGAGAAGCAUGCGAAUGCUCUCAAACAUACGAAUGCUGUAAACAGCCGAAUAGGAAAAACCAUACGAAUAGGAUUACACUCCUAGCAGUUGAACUGGAACAGCAUACAAUAAAUUCCCCCCAAGAACGAGACAAGGCUCCGUUUUGGGGGUCAAGCAGGAACAGACAGAGCUGUGGGUUUAUUGUUCUUACACAUUAGGACCAUCCACAGGGUUUUGGAAAACAACCAAUAAACACGUACAAUACACUCAGACACUGCCACACAAAAUCCUCCCCUCUGCCUGUAAUACAAUUACCUUACACAAUGGGUAAUAUAAUUAUCACAGGCAGAGAAAUACAGUUUUUCCACAUUAUUCAUAAUUUUAAAAGUAUGCAUCACAUUCACAUAAAACUUACAUUUUCAGAAUCAGCAUACUCCAAAUACAAACUUACGUCAAAAUCAUACAAAUUGGUCCAGUGGUUCAAAAGAUAGAUCGUAGUCCUUUGUGACCAAAUGAAGCAUGGCUUUUCUGCCCAAAACCAGUUCCACAGAGUCUUCUAUCCUGGAGAUAAUUGGGAAGUAAUCCAAUUAUCUCCAAGGACAGAGGCAAAACUCCAUUGAACACAUGGCAGCAAAAGACAAUAAAAUACAUAAAAAUAUAUAACUGUGCAGCCAUUGCAUAAAACAGGUACAUUCAACAUAUCCCCAGAUAGCUCAGAUCUGAGCGCACAUUAUUACUGAAUGGCACUCAGAUCACACACAUACAGUUCAAUUGCCAUGGAGCCAAAGUCUUUCCCAUAGUCUUUCAUUAUAUGAAUGGGCUCCAUGGCAUAGCUAUCUGGGGUAUCACUGCUCAAACAGGGCAAGCACUGAAUGACCCAGCUUUCGUGUCUUUGCAGGGGAAAAUCAAGCAUUUCAACAUGGGGCCAUAGUCUAAACGCAGCAGGCGGGCAACCAGACUCCUCCAACGCACAGUGGCGAGAUUGGUCUUGUCACAGUAAUCUACUCUUUUCUAGUAACAAUGUGUGAAUGUAUGUGGCAUUAUCUUGACCAGUAUAGUGUUAGACAUGUUUGGUAACUGUAGCAUUUAGUUUAUUUACACUCUUAGCACUAGAAUAUAAUGUUCAAUCUAACAGCCAAUACCAGUUUAAGGGUUUUUCCAGAGCACUUCUGUAUACAGAACAUAUAGAUAGAAAAAGAGGGCAUGCUAUUUGUUUUCUCCAUUAUGAAAGGGUCAGACUUUAUAUAGCAGGAGAUGAAGCAAGGUAAUGCAACUCUCACAGCUCACAGAGCCUCCAAUAAUGUUAGGAAGAAGGUAUCAUAAUGCACAUCAUGUCCAUAACAAUAAAAGUUAAACUCAACUAAUUUAUACUAGUGACAUGAUGCAAGUGUUGAUUUGUACAAGUUGGAUCGAUUAAUGUGGCUGCUUAUAAGGAGAAACCAAAGAAAAACCUCAUGGCAACACUAAAAAAUUCUAAAAAAGAUAUCUGAAUUUUACAUUGCAGGAGAGUGACCGUCCGGAUCUGAGCAGCUUCAUGGAGAGCGGAGAAUGGCUGAUGAAGGACUAUCGCUGCUGGAAACACUGGGUUUAUUACGAUUGUUGUCCUGAUACACCUUACCUGGAUAUCACGUAUCACUUCCUCUUACAACGUCUCCCGCUUUAUUUCAUUGUCAACGUUAUCAUACCAUGUCUGCUUUUUUCAUUUCUAACUGGAUUGGUGUUUUAUCUGCCCACUGACUCAGGUACAAAGUUUCUGGAUGCGACUCUGUAUGACAAAACUGAACCAAAAUAUAUUAAGCUGAAAGUAUCAAGAAUUUUAGGGAAAAAAGUGAUGGUCUUGCUGUGUCCACAGUGGAAGACCAGUACACAAUUUUUUUGUCAUACUCAGGUUUCAUGCAAAUUCACAGAUUGUCUUGAUAACUAUAUUCUAUGUACUAAAAGUGUGCAAAUGUCAACUCAGACCUACAUAGCCUUUUAUAAUACACCUAUUUAUGUAUUUAACCCACAUAAACUUUGAAAUACUUUUUUGUGUUUCCAAAUUUGUAGGCGAGAAAAUAACACUCAGCGUUUCUAUCUUGCUGUCAUUGACUGUGUUUCUUUUGGUCAUUGUUGAGUUGAUCCCUUCCACCUCGAGUGCGGUCCCUCUGAUUGGAAAGUACAUGUUAUUUACCAUGAUGUUUGUGAUUGCAUCAAUUGUAAUAACUGUAAUUAUAAUCAACACCCAUCAUCGCUCGCCCAGUACUCAUAUUAUGCCUCAGUGGGUAAAAAAGGUGAGUUUCACUCCUGUACUUCAAUUGGUUUUUGUUUGUUUUUUUGUUUUCUUUUAGCAAUAUGCGGUUGUAUCUGAAUAUGUUGCACUUCAGUAGCAUCCAAUGGCCAGUCAGUGCAUUUUUCUAUAAAAUCUAUGUGAUACUUUUAAUAUUCAAUAUUCAUAAACCAUGACCCAUAUAAUAAGAAGCCAUGAAGUGAUAAUUUGGUCUUCUUUAAUCCACGAUGGAUGGUUUAAGCUACAGCUGGUGCUUGCAUUGUAGCGGUUAAUUAUUGAUCCAUAAGCCAGCAGCAUGAAUGUUUAGGGUGCCAUUGUGAAUGCCUGUUUAGGAAAUUUGUAACUUAUCCAUCUUCAAGAAGUUAAUAUGGUUUUAGAAGUAUAUCCUGACUCGGACAAUUGGGUUAGGGGGCUAGCCUUAGGGGUAUGUGACCUGAUCACAUAGGGCACAGACUGAGAUGUAUGGCAGAGAGUGGUGUGAUAUUGUGUAGUGUGACUGUGCCUCCGACAUAAUGUCAUGUUCCCAUUCUUUAAGCUCUCAGCAUAACUCCUGUUUUGUGCUGUCAAGGAAGGGAAGGCCAUUGUACAGUUCGGCCACACUAUGAGAGGUGGGGAGAUGGUGAGAGACACAUGGGGUGGAGAGAUAUGAAGAGGGGCAUAGAGAUGGGCACUCACAAUGAGGACAUGAAGGCUAUCAUACAAAGGGAUAUGGAGAGAAAGAUUUACAAGGGGCAUAGAUAGGGGCACACACAAAGGUGCCAUAAAAAGAGGCACACACGAGUGGGGGCAUGGAGAAGGAGAGUGACUCACAAGACAUGAUGGACGGACACUUCAGUCACCCUAGCAGUUUUGUUAAUGCAUUUUAAUUAUCAAAAUUGCUUCAAGUGCUAAACUACAUAUACAGUGUCUCUGAUAUGGCUAUCAUUACCUUUGGAAGUAAUGAAAGGACUAGGGUUGGCUGAUAUGUUUUAACCAAUUCGUAGUCUGGUAACGACUCACCUAAGAAAUGGUUAUUUAUUAAUUUCAUGCAUGUUUUUAAUGCAUUAUCUAUAUAAAGCAUUACAAAUGUACAAGAAAUACAAAAAUAUAUAUAUUUCUUCUUUUACAUUCAAAUGCAAAUGAUAAGUAUAGUCACAAGUUUCGCACAGAGGGCUGGGAAACAUACGGCUUUGGUGUAAUGGUUUUAACCAGUUGAAACUGAAAUUGUGCCAAUUUUUCUAAAUUAAUAUACACAGGAUUCUGAAUUAAAACACAGAUUAUAAAAAUAAACCUAUGUUUAUUAACUCACUCUUUUGAUAUAGGUUUUUAUUGAGACCAUCCCAAACAUCAUGUUCUUUUCUACAAUGAAACGGCCUUCAGAACAAAAACAAAGGAAGAACAUUUUUACUGAAGAUAUGGAUAUAUCAGAUAUUUCAGGAAAGCUCGGACCCGCAGAAGUGGCUCACCAAUCUCCAGUAUUAAAGAGCCCAGAUGUGAAGAAUGCAAUCGAUGGAGUAAAGUACAUAGCAGAGACCAUGAAUGCAGACAAGGAAUCCAAUAAGGUACAAAUACAAACCUCUAGGAUAAAUAGGUGUCACAAAGUUGGCCAAAUCUCAAACUAAUUUUUGCUCAAUUUCUUUAAAAAUAAAGAAAGCAAGGGUGUGCAUUGAUAAGCUUUAAAAAACUAAACAAUAAAUAUUGACUCCUUUGAUUAGCAGUAGUAAUUUAUUAACAAACAGGGAGUUGUGAGAAAAGUUUGUAACUGUGCAAAUCUAUCCACAACAAUUUUUUGGCACAUUAAGUAAAUUGUGUUGGACCCCUAAAGCACUUUAACUUGUUAGGAUACUUUAUGUGUGAAGAGUGUGUCCUCUUUUUUAUUUUAUAAAAAAGUGCAGAUUUAAUAGAAAUUGACACUUUUAUAAAUAAACCUGGUUACACCCCCGGCUUUUAAUCAGACAACAGGUAAUGUUACUUCCUGGUUAGCUCAGUGGAACUAAACACAAAAGGCAGCAAUUGCUCAGAGCAUCUGCCUUGCAAAGACUUCUCAAUGAGCUGAUUGGGAAGUCUGUGAUUGGACAGCCAUGACAGUCAGGGCGGGGUUAGAAGGGUAUGGCUUGAAGAGUCUGCAGACAAGAGAACUGCAGUUUUUUAAAUCAUGGUUUUAGAUGUACCGUCAAUGAAUAAAUGUAUAAUUAAAUACAUGCAUGUUUUCAUUUGGGGUAGAUCUACUAAACAGAUUUCUGUUUCUUUUUUGUAUUUAGACGGUUUAGUGUCCCAUUAACGCAAGACACUUUUCAAAUAUUGUGUCAUUUCUAACAAAAAUUCCUUGUUUUAGGAACAAGUAAUGGGAUUUAUAAAAUAAGAAUGAACAAACAAUUUUUCAACAUAUUAACUGUAUUACGUACAGUUCCAGUACUUUGGAUAACAGGCCUAUUUAUGUCCAAGAAAGCAGCAGUUCUAUAGAUCCUAACAAAUGACCACUUGUUCAGUAUUUCAAUGUACCAUAUGUUAUAGAAAUAUAAAUUAAUCUCUCUUAUGUUUGAUUUUAGGCUUCAGAAGAAUGGAGGUUUACUGCCAUGGUUCUGGAUCACAUCCUGCUUUUGGUAUUCAUGAUAGUUUGUAUAAUUGGAACAGCAGCUGUGUUUGCUGGUCGUCUCAUUGAGUUACAUAGGCAAGGUUAA